GACUUGUCUUCCGCGCCCAUCACCACUGGUACUCUGGCAUCACCCUCGCCCUCGUCAUGGAUUCCGACGAUUCACUCUCGGGCUCGGCAAGGACAUCGAAGUUCUCCACGUUCACCCCUGGCAGCGUUGCAUUUAUCUCCCGGGACGACGUCGUCUUCUACGUCGACUCCGAGCAGCUACAGCGUGCCACCGACUUCAUGCCCACCCCCGGCCUCGGCGCCAUCACCUUCGCGCCAACGGAGCCAGCCCGACUCGAUGAAGGGGCCGACGUCCUUGAGCUUCUCUUCCGCUUUGCCUGCUUCGAUGAAUACGUCAACCUCGACCAAGCUCCCUUCAAGAUCGUCGCCGAAUUAGCCGAGGCGGCGCAGAAGUACAUCGUGCACACCGCGAUCGCGGCGUGCCGCGUAUACAUGAAGGGUAAUGCGCAGAGCUACCCCUUGGAGGUCAUGGCGUACGCGUAUCGCCACGACUAUCUGGACAUUCUCGACAAGGCCGCCCCGUACACCAUCGGAAUGCGACCAUGUCGGGUCAAGAAAUUCAUACCUUCGGCCCUCAUCACGCCUUGGGAGCAGUACUACUCUAUGUAUGAGAUGCUCACCGAUAGCGUCGUGGGGCUUGCGUCCAAGGCCACGCACGGUGAGACUGACUGCUCUCCGCCAACUCCCUGUAAGCUUGGCGGUCAUCCCUCCAGUACGCGGGACUAUGUCCAGCGCGAGCUUCUUUUCACCAUUCACAAGACGCACAAAGCCGCGCUCUUUCACCCGGAGCAGUUAUUCACCGCCGAGAUGUUUGAUAGGGUCGAGGGGUGCGAGCUCUGCGAGGAUGAGCUUGUCAUGUGGAGAGAGGAAGCACUGUUUUGGAUUCAGCAAGCGCAUGGCGUACAGCUCACAAGCUUCCUAUGCGGCCCUCCGAAAGGGCUUCUCUACGGUCUUGUCUCUGCUUGCCAUUUUCUAUAACUUUUUGAUGUGCCCCAACUGUGCAUAGCGAAAUCGAGAUCGUGCGCGC